CGCAAGAGACGCAGAGUAGCCUGGACUCGCUUGCGACCAUGAAGGAUGCAAAGUGCCGAACCUGCGUGGUAGCGUGUGCUCUCUUGCUGGCGGGCGCAAGAGCUUUCGUUGUGAACCCCACGUUGUUGUCAUCGCGGGCACCAGGCGGCGGCUCGGCUGCUGCCGUCGGUACUUCAGGGCGAACAGGGAGCUUGUCGAUGGCCGCGCCGCUAGAGGGGGCCCACGGCAUGAGGUCGCGAUUCCUUCCAGUAGACCAGAUGGACGACGAGGUGUUCGCGCCUCGUAUCGUGCAGGUGGCGGGAGUGUUGCCCGAGAUUACGGUGGCGGACAUUAUGGCGGUGGGGUUCACGCCGGCGCCAGAGAUGGGCAUGUGGCAGUACGAUUUCUCGGACCCGGAGGGGCCUCAGCUGGGUACCGUUGCCGUGCCCGGCGGCGAGCAGGUUUUCAAAAUGAAGGAGCCCGUGGCGAUCGUGUGCCCGAACGAUGACCUUAAUAUCCAGAUGCCGAAUGACGAGAAAGCCGAGAUGCUCUUGGUGAUAGACCGAGCGAAUCGAGAGUUCGAGUUCGGAAAGUUCUUCCUGUGGGACACGCCGUCCGACGGCCUGGUGGUUCGCUACUUCGAGGGAGAGCCCACACCGGGCUUCGCGUGCGUGGGGCGCGUCGGCAUCGUGCUGGCGCCUUUCUUGCCGUCCAUGGCGAAAAAGUCGAGUGGUUUCGAAGAGGAAGACUACUGACGAUAGAAAGCUAGUAAAUCUCUGCCUGGAUCUAGAACUUCCUGCUGUGCACCAGCAAUUGCCAAGAGCCAACCUGUCUCGAUAACGCGAUUUCUGACAAACUACAGCAGCGCAGGCAGGUGCAAGAGAGCCCUGAUUCGUUGAUAGGUCCGUUUGAGAUGGAUCCGUUUGAUGACAGCGAUUAUUUUUGGGAAGAGGUUGUCCAGAUUGCGCGGGAAAGAGUUGGAAGUGGUUUGUCUGGCCAACCUCUUUAUCAGAAAUCAGGUUGCUGAAGUUUGUAGCUCUAUUUUGGCAACACAGUUGCCAAGCCACAUCAUGCACAAGUCCGAAGGACUCGACGGGCGGGUACACCUGAUGGGGGGCACGAAAAAAAUAGAUGGCGUCCUCUUUCCCAAACUGCCAUUGAUUCGGCGGGGCCGCCGACGAUAUUUCUUGUUUUGAUGCUGCUUGAGUUUGUUUGGUGUCAUCCACGGAGACUGAUAUCGCCCUCUAGAGUGUGAGGCUGAUGUUGACGUCUAGAGUGUGAGACUGAUGCAACGUCCUUGUUUUUUGUGUCGGCCUUGUCGCUGCAAUGACAACGACGAUGACCGUGUGGUACAUGCGCAUGCGUUUCGUGUUGCUAUCGUCUGGGUUUAUUCGGCCUUGGGGACAGGUGUAGGUUAAGGGGAUGGAUGACACCCACGCAUUUUUUUUUGUCUUGUUCUUCUCGGAGUGAUGUUGUGCACAUUUAACAAUGACCACGCGCAUGAAUGGUUGCCUUCUUGCCGACGCUUCUGCUUGGCACAUUCAUUCAGUGUUGAUAUAUUGUGUAUUGUUAUUGAUUUUGCGUUGAUGAGCCAUGGGUCCUUCCGGCCUGCCAACUGACCAAUAAAAAAAUCACGAGAACUCA